AAAUCCACUUAAAAUAUGCAAGCUCGGGAAAAUUGUAAUUCUCGGGGAACAGUAGCUGGAGUGUUCCUUGAACAUUUGAAUGAACCCAUCACAAUAUACCAAGCCAAUAAGAAGUGUUUGCUGAAUUCAGGAACAUGUUUGGCACUGUUAGAAGCCCAAGCUGCAACUGGAGGAAUUAUUGAUCCCAUCAAAAACAGACAGCUCUCUGUCGAAGAUGCAGUCAGAGAAGGAAUUGUGGGACGAGAAAUAAAAGAAAAACUUCAGUUUGCAGAGAAGGCCAUCAGUGGUUACAUAGAUCCUUACACCAAACAACAAAUCUCACUGUAUCAGGCCAUGCAGAAGGAUGUCAUCCCAAAAGAAUAUGGCAUUAGAUUACUUAAAGCACAGAUCUCCGCCAAGGGGAUCUAUGAUCCUAUUGAAAAAUGCUACAUAACAGAGGAGCAAGCUUGUGAGAGGGGUCACUAUGAUAAAGAUAUAUUCAGAGACCAAAUGGAUGUUCUAAAAGUGUUCUAUGACCCAAACUCUCAGGAAAAACUCACCUAUCCAUUAUUGAUGGAGAAAUGCACUGUAGAUCCAGAAACAGGUUUGCUGCUGUUCCCAAUUUACUUCACGUUCAAAGGCCUUCGCAGAGGUAUAACCUCCAGUGAGCUCCUGGCAUCAAAAAUAAUUGACCAACAAACAUAUGAAAAUCUGCAAAAGGGCAAGAAAACCACCCAGGAUGUGAUGCUAAUAGAGACAGUGAAAGAAUAUCUAGAAGGUAAAGGGAGCAUUGGGGGAAUAGCUGUGCUCUCCUCUAAUAAGAAAAUGAGCAUCUAUCAGGCAAUGAGACAAGGAUUAAUCAUGCCUGGUUCUGCUUUGAUUCUGCUAGAAGCCCAGGCAGCAACUGGAUUCAUGAUUGAUCCAGUAUUAAAUAAGACUUUCAGUGUAGAUGAUGCCAUUAAACAAAAACUUGUAGGACCAGAGUACCAUGCAAAAUUGCUUGCAGCAGAACGUGCAGUCACUGGUUACAAUGACCCAUACACAGGUAAAACCAUUUCCCUUUUUCAAGCUCUAAAGAAGGAACUGAUUGUGAAGGAGCAUGGGAUCCGUUUGCUCGAGGCACAAAUUGCAACUGGUGGAAUUAUUGAUCCAAUAAACAGUCACAGAGUUCCCAUGGAUGUAGCAUACAAGCGUGACUUCUUUGACGAGGAAAUUAACGCUAUUCUUGAGGAUCCUGGAGAUGACACUAAAGGAUUCUUUGACCCAAACACAAAGGAAAAUCUUACAUACCUGCAACUGCUGAGUCGUUGUGUCAUUGACCCCUCAACAGGACUCACAUUGCUGCCCAUUGAGGAUCAAUCGGUCAAUCUCAAUCACACAUUCAUUGGCUAUGACAUCAAAAACAUCUUCAAGGAGGUGAGGGUAAAAGUGACAUGUGGGAAGUACAUAGGAAUGACUGUUUCACUCUGGGAAUUACUCAUGUCAGAAUAUUUCAUUGAAGAGCAAAGGCAUGAUAUCAUCUGUCAAUACAGAAACAGAACACUCACAAUUGAUAUGAUAGUCACCAAAGUCCUGGAGGUAAUUAAACAAUCAGUUAAAACAGCCAAUGUAAUUUUUGAAGGCAUAAGGGAAAAGGUGAGUGCAACCCAGCUUUUCGAGGCAGAUAUCAUCACUGAGAAUGAUCUUGAAGAUCUAAAAAUAGGAAAAAUUACUGUAAAAGAUGUUACAGAGAAUGAAUCAGUGCAAACAUACCUACAAGGAAAACCAAGCAUUUCUGGUGUGCUUCUUCCAGACUCCCAACUCAUGUCAAUCUACCAGGCCAGACAAAAAGGAAUUCUAAGGCCAGGAACAUCACUCAUUCUGCUGGAGGCCCAAGCAGCAACAGGAUUCAUUAUUGAUCCAAUUGCUAAUCAAAAGUUUGCCGUCGAUGAUGCUGUGAAGGCACGGGUGGUAGGGGUUGAUCUUCAUGCAAAGCUUUGCUCAGCAGAGAAGGCAGUGAUGGGUUACCACGAUCCUUACACUGGUAAUAAAAUCUCAUUGUUUCAGGCAAUGCAGAAAGAUUUAAUUGUAAAAGAUCAUGGCAUUCGUCUGCUGGAGGCCCAGAUUGCCACAGGGGGCAUUAUUGAUCCGGUAAAUAGCCAUCGCAUUCCAGUUCAUACAGCUUACAAACGGGGAUACUUUGAUACUGAAAUGAAACAGAUUCUCGACAAUCUGACUGAUGACACAAAAGGAUUCUUUGACCCAAACACUCAUGAAAACCUUACUUAUAUGCAGCUUAUGUCCAGAUGUGUGACUGACCAAAGCACAGGCCUUUGCCUUUUGCCAAUCAAAGGGAAAGUCAACAGUAUCAUGAUAGCAGACAGCACCAAAGAGGCACUUCAAGCCACAUUUGUCUCUGUGAGAUAUGGCAGGUUCCGCAACAAGAGUGUAACACUCUGGGAGCUCAUUAACACGGAUUAUUUGUCUGAGGACAAAAGGCAGGAGCUGAUCAAACAGUACAAGUCAAAAUCUAUCACAAUUGAAGAAAUCAUUACAAUCAUUUUAGAAAUCAUUGAAACCAAAGAAGUACAAAGAAAUGCAGAUCUCAGCAUCAACGGUUUGAGGGGAAAAGUCUCCAUUUUGGAGCUGCUAAAUUUGGGGAUCAUAGAUGAAAAAACAUAUAAAGACUUGCUUGAAGCGAAGCUAACAAUGAAAGAUCUUCUUGAGAUGGACACUGUGAGGACCUUCCUCAGGGGAACAAGCUGUAUAGCUGGUAUAAUAUUGCCAAAGUCUAAUCAGAAAAUGAGCAUCUAUCAAGCCAAAAAAGAGGGUCUUGUUACCCCUGGUACUGCCCUAUGUCUUCUCGAAGCACAGGCUGCCACUGGGUUUAUUGUUGAUCCGAUACAGAACAAGAAACUCACUGUUGAGGAGGCCUUGAAACAGAAAGUGAUCGCUCCUGAGUUUUAUGAAAAGCUCCUGGCUGCUGAGAAAGCAGUAACUGGGUACAAAGACCCAUUCACUGGCAAGACAAUAUCACUUUUUGAAUCCAUGAAGAAAGAUCUCAUUCUAAAGCAGCAUGGCAUACGUCUACUUGAAGCCCAGAUUGCUACAGGUGGCAUCAUUGAUCCCUUAACAUGUCUACAUUUGCCACUUGAAGUUGCUUUCAGGAAGGGCUAUUUUGAUGCUGACUUAAACCAGAUCCUUGCAGAUUCCAGUGAUGACACCAAAGGGUUUUUUGAUCCCACCACUCAAGAAAAUCUGACCUAUAUGGAGAUGAUGGCACGGUGCAUCAAGGAUAAUGAUACCGGUCUUUUCCUUUUUCCAUUGGGUUUAAAAGGGAAAACACAAGAAAUAGCACAGAAAAUUCUCUCAGAUGCUGAAAUUAAGGAAGACUUUUUGAAAAACGCUGUUGUCAUUCCUGUUGGUAGUUUCUCUGGAAAAUCACUGUCCCUUUGGGAGGUAAUUUACUCUGUGUACUUCAAUGAAGAACAGAGACAGCAGUGCUUUGAACAGUACCGUUUGGGCAAGAUAAAUAUGAAGGAUGUUGCCACAAUGGUUACCACAACAAUCCAAAAACUGGAAAAAAAAGAAGCAAUUCCUCAAAUAACAAUGGGCUUGAGAAAACCUGUUUCUAUGCAACAGCUGCAUGAUUCUGGAAUAAUUGAAACCAAAGUCUACAAGGAUCUGCAAGAUGGUAAGGCAACCAUUGAAAAUGUGGUAAAACUUGAAUCUGUACAAAGGUACUUGAAAGGCACUGGAAGUAUUGCAGGUGUAAAGCUUCAUCCAUCAGGAAAAGUGACAAGUUUAUACACAGCAAAAACUGAAAGCUUGCUCAGUCCUGAUAUAGCUCUAAUAUUGCUUGAGGCUCAGGCAGCAACUGGAUAUGUCAUUGAUCCAAUCAGAAACAAACAUCUGUCAGUCAUGGAGGCUGCCAGAGCUCAACUUAUUGGACCAGAGAUAUUAGAGCAUUUACUCUUGGCCGAACAUAGCGUAACAGGUUUCACAGACCCAUACUCAGAUGAGCAAAUAUCCUUAUUUGAAGCAAUGAAAAAAGGUCUCAUCCCUCUAAACCAUGGACUACAUCUUUUAGAUGCACAGCUCGCUACAGGGGGCAUAAUCGAUCCAAUUUUAAGCUACCGGUUACCUCUUCAGAGGGCAAUAAUGCAAGGAUAUAUGGAUAAGGAGACAAAUGAGCUUCUAGCAAAUCUCAGUGGUAGUGAAAAAGGGUAUUCAGACCCAAACACAAAAGAACCCCUUACCUACAAUCAGCUCAAGCAGAAAUGUGUGAGAGAUUCAACCACAGGACUACUACUUCUCCAUGUAACAACAAAAAAGCAUUCAUUUAAAGGUUUGAGAAAACAAGUGUCCGCAAGAGAUCUUUUUGAAGCAAAAAUAAUUUCCAAAGAAAUGUUUAGUAAACUUAUCAAUGAAGAAGUACAAGAUGAAGAUAUUGACAUAAUGGAAUCCAUUCAAAAAUACCUUGGAGCAACAAACUGUAUUGCUGGUGUACAUAUCCAGUCUACCAAACAGAACAUGAGCAUCUAUGAAGCUAAAAAAAGGGGACUUCUGACUCCUGGAACAUCUCUGGUUUUGCUGGAGGCACAGGCUGCAACUGGGUUUAUGAUUGAUCCAGUUAAAAACAAAAAGCUGUCGGUAGAACAGGCGGUGGCCGAAGGGAUAGUUGGGACAGAGUGGAAAAGCAAACUGCUCUCUGCCGAGAGGGCAGUGACUGGUUACACUGACCCCCACACAGGGAAAAUAAUCUCUUUGUUCCAGGCCUUAAAAAAAGAUCUUAUUGUCAAAGACCAUGGCAUUCGCCUUCUUGAAGCUCAGAUCGCUACAGGAGGCAUCAUUGAUCCUGUCCACAGUCACCGUGUUCCUGUGGAAGUAGCGUACCAAAGAGGUUACUUUGAUGAGGAGAUGAACAAAAUACUUAAUGAUCCAGAUGAUGACACCAAGGGCUUCUUUGAUCCAAACACAAAAGAAAAUCUCACAUACUUACAGCUCGUGGAGCGUUGUGUUAGAGACCCAAUCACUGGCCUCAGCCUCCUUGUCAUUGUGAAGAAGGGUGAGUAUUACUUCUUCAUCGAUGAACAUACAAAGCAAAUCCUCAAGUCUACAACCACAAACAAAGCAGGAGGAAAAUUCCAAGGGCAGCUGGUGUCUCUCUGGGAUCUACUGUACUCUGAUUACAUCACUGAGGAAAGGAGAAGAGAUCUGGUGCAGCAGUUCAAAUCAGGCACAAUAACCAUUGACAAAUUCUGUGAAAUUGUUCUAACACUGGUAUCUCAGAAAUCAGGAACAAGUACCUCAACCAUUUCCACAACAAUAUCUACAAUAACAACCGAGACAACCCCAAAUACAAAUUUCCAAGGUAUCAGAAAGGAUGUGAGUGCUGACGAGUUGCUGACAUCCAAAAUCAUUGAUGAGAAAACUUACCAAGACCUAUCUUCUGGAAAAGUCACAGUCAAUAAUGUAAGUCAAAUGGACUCUGUGCGAAAAUAUCUCCAAGGAACAAAUAGCAUUGCUGGUGUUUUUAUCCAGUCUACCAAUCAGACCAUGAGCAUCAGUGAAGCCAAAAAUAAAGGACUUCUGACUCCUGGAACAUCUCUGGUUUUGCUGGAGGCUCAGGCUGCCACUGGCUUUAUGUUUGACCCAGUUAAGAACAAAAAGCUGUCGGUAGAACAGGCGGUGGCCGAAGGGAUAGUUGGGACAGAGUGGAAAAGCAAACUGCUCUCUGCCGAGAGGGCAGUGACUGGUUACACUGACCCCCACACAGGGAAAAUAAUCUCUUUGUUCCAGGCCUUAAAAAAAGAUCUUAUUGUCAAAGACCAUGGCAUUCGCCUUCUUGAAGCUCAGAUCGCUACAGGAGGCAUCAUUGAUCCUGUCCACAGUCACCGUGUUCCUGUGGAAGUAGCGUACCAAAGAGGUUACUUUGAUGAGGAGAUGAACAAAAUACUUAAUGAUCCAGAUGAUGACACCAAGGGCUUCUUUGAUCCAAACACAAAAGAAAAUCUCACAUACUUACAGCUCGUGGAGCGUUGUGUUAGAGACCCAAUCACUGGCCUCAGCCUCCUUGUCAUUGUGAAGAAGGGUGAGUAUUACUUCUUCAUCGAUGAACAUACAAAGCAAAUCCUCAAGUCUACAACCACAAACAAAGCAGGAGGAAAAUUCCAAGGGCAGCUGGUGUCUCUCUGGGAUCUACUGUACUCUGAUUACAUCACUGAGGAAAGGAGAAGAGAUCUGGUGCAGCAGUUCAAAUCAGGCACAAUAACCAUUGACAAAUUCUUGGAAAUUGUUCUAACACUGGUAUCACAGAAAUCAGGAACAAGUACCUCAACCAUUUCCACAACAAUAUCUACAAUAACAACCGAGACAACCCCAAAUACAAAUUUCCAAGGUAUCAGAAAGGAUGUGAGUGCUGACGAGUUGCUGACAUCCAAAAUCAUUGAUGAGAAAACUUACCAAGACCUAUCUUCUGGAAAAGUCACAGUCAAUAAUGUAAGUCAAAUGGACUCUGUGCUGAAAUAUCUCCAAGGAACAAAUAGCAUUGCUGGUGUUUUUAUCCAGUCUACCAAUCAGACCAUGAGCAUCAGUGAAGCCAAAAAUAAAGGACUUCUGACUCCUGGAACAUCUCUGGUUUUGCUGGAGGCUCAGGCUGCCACUGGCUUUAUGUUUGACCCAGUUAAGAACAAAAAGCUGUCGGUAGAACAGGCGGUGGCCGAAGGGAUAGUUGGGACAGAGUGGAAAAGCAAACUGCUCUCUGCCGAGAGGGCAGUGACUGGUUACACUGACCCCCACACAGGGAAAAUAAUCUCUUUGUUCCAGGCCUAAAAAGAUCUUAUUGUCAAAGACCAUGGCAUUCGCCUUCUUGAAGCUCAGAUCGCUACAGGAGGCAUCAUUGAUCCUGUCCACAGUCACCGUGUUCCUGUGGAAGUAGCGUACCAAAGAGGUUACUUUGAUGAGGAGAUGAACAAAAUACUUAAUGAUCCAGAUGAUGACACCAAGGGCUUCUUUGAUCCAAACACAAAAGAAAAUCUCACAUACUUACAGCUCGUGGAGCGUUGUGUUAGAGACCCAAUCACUGGCCUCAGCCUCCUUGUCAUUGUGAAGAAGGGUGAGUAUUACUUCUUCAUCGAUGAACAUACAAAGCAAAUCCUCAAGUCUACAACCACAAACAAAGCAGGAGGAAAAUUCCAAGGGCAGCUGGUGUCUCUCUGGGAUCUACUGUACUCUGAUUACAUCACUGAGGAAAGGAGAAGAGAUCUGGUGCAGCAGUUCAAAUCAGGCACAAUAACCAUUGACAAAUUCUUGGAAAUUGUUCUAACACUGGUAUCACAGAAAUCAGGAACAAGUACCUCAACCAUUUCCACAACAAUAUCUACAAUAACAACCGAGACAACCCCAAAUACAAAUUUCCAAGGUAUCAGAAAGGAUGUGAGUGCUGACGAGUUGCUGACAUCCAAAAUCAUUGAUGAGAAAACUUACCAAGACCUAUCUUCUGGAAAAGUCACAGUCAAUAAUGUAAGUCAAAUGGACUCUGUGCUGAAAUAUCUCCAAGGAACAAAUAGCAUUGCUGGUGUUUUUAUCCAGUCUACCAAUCAGACCAUGAGCAUCAGUGAAGCCAAAAAUAAAGGACUUCUGACUCCUGGAACAUCUCUGGUUUUGCUGGAGGCUCAGGCUGCCACUGGCUUUAUGUUUGACCCAGUUAAGAACAAAAAGCUGUCGGUAGAACAGGCGGUGGCCGAAGGGAUAGUUGGGACAGAAUGGAAAAGCAAACUGCUCUCUGCCGAGAGGGCAGUGACUGGUUACACUGACCCCCACACAGGGAAAAUAAUCUCUUUGUUCCAGGCCUUAAAAAAAGAUCUUAUUGUCAAAGACCAUGGCAUUCGCCUUCUUGAAGCUCAGAUCGCUACAGGAGGCAUCAUUGAUCCUGUCCACAGUCACCGUGUUCCUGUGGAAGUAGCGUACCAAAGAGGUUACUUUGAUGAGGAGAUGAACAAAAUACUUAAUGAUCCAGAUGAUGACACCAAGGGCUUCUUUGAUCCAAACACAAAAGAAAAUCUCACAUACUUACAGCUUUUGGAGCGGUGUGUUAGAGACCCAAAAACUGGGCUUUAUCUACUUUCUUUAAAAAAGUAGUUUUUAGAUUUGGAUGCAACAUAUCAUGCUGAGUAAUUCAGAACAUUAUGUUAUUUUACCUUGCUUUGUUCUCAAUUGAAUGCUAUUAUCACCAAGUAAUUUGUUUCUGUAACACUUUAUAAUAAUAUACUAUUAACAAACAUUAUCAUGCUUAAAAAAAUCAUUGGUUCAUCAAAU